AUGACGACGUCUGUCAUUUCUUUAGCUCUGGUUUUGUUCUCAGUUCACCUUACGGUUCUCUCCGGCCAGCCUAACUUCGUUUUUUACAAGUGUUUCAUAGGAAAGGGAACCUACCCAAACAAAAGUCCCUAUGAAACCAACCUCAAUACUCUCCUUUCUAAAAUCACUUCCAACACCAUUAUUGACCAUGGCUUCUACAGUUCCAACUAUGGUCAAGCCCCCAACAUAGUUCACGUACGAGGUCUGUGCCGGGGAGACGUGAAUCCGAUGACUUGUCGGAAUUGCCUCAACGAUGCCAAAACCCUUCUCCCAAAGAGACUGAAAAGCGAAGCUGCUUCUGGGGACUCUAAUUUUAAGCUAUCUGUGGGAUGCAAAAUAGCUGAUGAGUCUGAAACCGUUUAUGGUCUUGUUCAGUGCUCGCCCGAUUUGUCUAGGCCAGACUGUAAUGCUUGCUUGGAGAAGGCGAUCUCAGAUAUCCCACUCUGUUGUAAGAACAAGAUUGGUGGUAGGAUUAUUAAACUCAGCUGCAAUCUUCGAUUUGAGAGGGUUCAUUUCUAUUAUGAUUAAACUCUGAUCUCUUGGAAAUGUGAGUCAAAAUAUAUAUUAGUUACCCUUAUGGGUGUAUCUCCAAUAUGAACUUGGCUUAUUUAUGUGUUUAGGAAUAAGUGACCCACGCCUAGGACUAGGAGUAAUUUGUGCUAAAUGUAAGGUUGUUUGAAGUGUCAUGGAAAUCUGUAUAAAUAGGUAGAGUGGUUUGUGUGUUUAAAAAAGAGUGCUGGUGUAUGGCAAGUCUUAAUAAUACACAUGAAUGCUUUAGAUUUAA